CACGGCCAAUAAAGGAAAAGGCCAAUAAAGGAAUUUCCAAACUGCGAACAGUGAGUUUACCUAUGACCAACCUAUACCGUGAACCCUAAAUUGAACCAUAUUUGAGCCAAAAGGAGAUCUCCUUGUGGCUCAGACAGUGAAUAGAAGAAAAUUUUGGCCUGAUACGCCAACGCUGAGCAUGCUGGUGGACUGAUUGGGCCGUUUUGAAGCGACUCGGUUGCGAUUCGUCGUGAUAGGCUGAGCUCUGAAGGAUCGCGAUGUUAUUGUUGGAAGAUCGCGGAAGUAUUGACGUUCUACGAGAAACGUUUUGAGAAAUUCCUCCGCGAAGGCGCUAUCAUACGACCACCGAAUCUACAAAAUCUUCCGAAGCUAAGAAAGUUUUGAAUUGUUGAGGUUGCAUCAAAUCCCAUAAAUCUUAUCGAAAGAUCGUCACAGCAUUUACAUUUGGCGAGCACUUUUUAAGAAGAACAUGGCGAAGUCCUGUACAAAGGCCUACUGUCUCUCUUGCAGGAAGAAAACUGCCAUGCGUAAACCCAAGUUGGUGAAGAUGAAGAAGGGGCAACGACUCGCCGGAUCAUGCAAAAAAUGUUCGACAAAAACCAGUCUCAUAGUCGGGAAAAAUCACAGGCUAGUAACCAAAAAGCCCAGAGAAAAAUCGAAGGCAAAAAGUAGGGAAAAAGACGAGGGGAACUCACAGGCCAGUAGCGAAGAAUCCCAGGAAGGCUAAACGAGGAUGUAGAUCGGCUCGCUGGUUGCUACUACCACAUGACUACACUGUCUUCGAUCAUCCCUUCCAAUAAUCCACUUGGAUUAUCAGUGAAUGCAGUCUUUCCAAAAGAACUGAGGUUCGUGGACUCAGAGACUCUCAGCCGAGUCUCUGGAUCCAAACACUGCGGCACGAUGAGAUAAGAGCGGCUCCUAAUCUUCUAAAGCUGUGGCUCGAGUAGACCGAUUUGUAGCAGGCUUCGCCUGAUUGUGAUUCCUAUGCUACAGACGCGACGCAAGGUUACACUUAGUCCUUGAGGGUGAGUUCUUCGAAGGUUGGUAUCUCCAAGAAGAUGCUUGUUGCGUGGUUCGAACUCCCCCAUGUUCACGGAAUAUCCUAAAAACUUGAACACUCAAUUCUCAAGUCUGGAGAAGGCACUUCAUUAACGAAUCGGCCAUGUUUACCCACAUACCUCAGCAGCAGAUACAGUCUCCAGGACAGCAUGUGCUUGAAGUGAUGAGCGAAGCGAGCACAAUACAAAGAACAAAAAAAUUGCUGUUAUUGACUUGAGUUCACAAGUCACGUUUCGGCAAAGCAGAUACUUGCUGUCCGAAGAAUGUCCUAGAACCUGCUCAAUCAGGAGACCAUCUGGAUCCUGACGUAUUUUUUUAUUGUGGCAUGUAACUUGAAUUUAUUGAAAUCAACGUAUUCUUCUGUUCAUC